UGGCGCGAGCCGUCUGCUCCGCAUUCGCGCCAAGUGCUUUGGGAUAGCAUAGUUCAGCCCUUUGUCCUUGUGGCACCAGAUAUUCGUGAAGAUAUAGUUUUGCUAUAGUAGUGUUCAUGGGGUUUCCUUCCUAUUCCAUCGCCUUAGCUCUUGCGAACUCGGCCCAAAUCGUGGCACUUGUGUUCAAGUAAUAACUGAAAUUGGAGGGUGGGGAGCCGACUUCGCGUCGUGAGUUUGGCCUUUGAAGCGUUCGGUCUUGUGCCGUUGUGAGAAGCGAUAGAUAUUCACGAUGGGUGUUUCGCCUGGAGACCCAGACGAAAAUGUGUACGACCGUCACCAAGAGCUUUGCGUUAAGCUCAACAUGGAUAAGGAUACGGCGGAUGAGGCUUGGCAAAAUUAUGAGAGAAUCAAGGAAAACUACGUCCUGGAGGGCGACCAGAUCCAUUGGUUAGCAUGUGCCCUCUACGUUUCCUGCAGGAAGUCAAGCACUCCAACUGUUGGGAAACCGGGAGAAUCAGUUGAGGGUAAUUGUGUAAGUCUUACAAGACUUCUUCGACUGAGCAAACUAAGGUUGAUACACUUCUUCAAUAAGUGCAAAAAAUGGGCAGACAUGGCUAGUCUCCCAGCAGAUUUUCGCGGGAAAAUAGAUAGUUUGGAGAGAAACUUCGCAGUUUCUCGUGAAAUUUUCAAGAAGUUUCAGCCUAUUUUCAAGGACCUGUUCCAGGAGACAGCCUCAGAGCACUCCCAAUUACCCAAAUCUCGGAAACAAAAGAACCAGCCUUGCACUCCAUCUCGUGUGUUUGAACUGACAUGGACCCUGUUUGUCUGCAUCAAAGUGGACUAUCCAGAUGUUAGAGAUGAUCUUGUGAACUCAUAUCACAUGCUGUUAGCCUGUUGUGAUCUCAUUUUUGCAAAUGCUCUAUUAGCUGAUAGGCGAGACCUGUUGAACCCUGUUUUUCCUGGACUGCCUAGAGACUUUUCAAGCCCUGAUUAUGAAAUUCCCAAAGAGGCCCCAUGCAUAAUUGACAAGCUGUGCGAAAACCAUGACGGCAUUCCUCUUGAGGCCAAAGGCAUCAAAGCAUAUUGCUGGAAAAGCCAUAUCAAAAAACUUUUUGAGCAACGGGUUUUGAAAGGCAAUGCUGAAACUUACAGUGGUCUUCUUGAUGUCAACAAUUUUGAAGCCAACCUGAAGGCUAUCAAUAAGCAAUAUGAAGAGCAUGUUUUGAAUGUUGGAGACUUCGAUGAGAGAAUAUUUUUAGCUGAAAUUAAACGUUUGCGAGCGUGGCUGAAAAGAAGUCAAGGUUUCACUACCCCAUCCAGAUCUGUCCUCAGGGCUCUCAAUGUAGAAGGCGAUGCUGAUCAGGAUAUUGGGACAUCUAGCCAUGCUGUUGGUGAUUUAUCUGAAAAAAUGCAAGCAAAACGUCUUCGACAAACUCCUAACAUGACUGUUGGUAAUCAGCUGCUGGUCUCAACACCAUUGACGAACCGAAGAUACCUUAGGGGAUUUGAUGGUGGCAGCGAAGUGACCCCUUUGUUGACUGCUACCCAAAGUGUCAACAGGCUGCAGUCAAUACUGGCUGGACGAUCUGCUGCUCCCAGCGAAACUUUGUUAGAAAUUUUCCAGUCAUGCUCUAGAAAUCCAAAGGAGAAAGUCUUAGGUUUUGUGUCAGCAAUUGGACAGAAGUUCUGUGAGCGCUACUCUGCUUCUGACCAAGACAAAACAACCAGUCAAGACAGCAUGAAUUUUGAGAAGAAGCGUUUGCAGCUGGGAGAAACUCUGUACUACAAAAUUCUUGAAAAUAUCCUUACAGAUGAGAGGCGUCUGAAGCCUCAAAUUGAUUUCAGCAAUUUACUAGAGCAGGAAGUGUUCCAUCAAACGCUUCUUGCUUGUUGUAUUGAAAUUGUGAUUUUCUCUUACAAUGCCCCUCGGCGCACUUUCCCCUGGAUUUUGGAAGCGUUGAAUGUGGAACCAUUUUAUUUCUACAAGGUUAUUGAACCAAUUGUCCGGGCUGAAGAUCAAUUGUCAAGAGACAUGAUUAAGCAUCUAAAUUUGAUUGAGGAACAAAUCCUGGGAUCCAUGGCAUGGCGUUCUGAGAGUGCUUUGUGGGAGAACAUAGCAGCAUCUGGGGAAUCUGUCCCAUCUUGUGAAGAUGUCUCUCUUCCCAGCCAGCUAACUUUUGAUGGAGAUGGUGGUCAACAACCUGCAGCAAAUCCAAUUGUGAAACGAUUGUCUGGAGCUGGAGAAAAGGGUGCUGCCUCACCCAUUUCAUCUGUGUCAGCUGUUGAAAGGUUCCAUUCUCCAGUAAAUCAAGGUCUGCCAAAAAAGCGUCUGUUUGAAGGUGAUCACGCUAUCAAACCUGGACAGUCGUUGCUUCAGAGCAAAGUGGGAGGAAUACAAAUUACAACAAUCAAAGGAGAAAAUGGGCAGCAGUACAUACCCAUACACAUACAAGGCACUAACAGUGUCAUCAUUUCAGCACAGCCAUCCACAUCUGCUAACUCAGUUGUGAAGAAAGUUGUUAUUAGUACAGAAUCAAAUUCAGAGAAGAAGGAUGAGGACAAACCCAAGAGAACUGGUUCUAUCAGCUUAUUUUUCAGAAAGUUCUAUCAUUUGGGUUCUGUGAGGAUGCAAGAUCUUUGCACACGUUUAAAUCUCAAUGAUUCAGAACUGAAAAGGAAAAUUUGGACUUGUUUCCAAAAUACUAUUACAGACCACAUUGACCUUAUGCGUGACAGACACAUUGAUCAGCUACUGAUGUGUGCAGUAUAUGUGAUAUGCAAAGUCACUAAAAAUGAUCGUUCUUUCACUGAUGUAAUGAAAUGCUAUAGAAUGCAACCACAAGCUUCAUCCCAUGUCUAUCGCAGUGUGUUACUGAAGAAAGCUGAUGAAGAAACUGAUGACAGCUCAGUUGUUGCUGCUCCUUUACCUAAAGAAUUGGCUACACCCACUGUUGCUGCCGGAACUUCCAAUAAUUUCAUGGGAGAAGAGAGAGGUGACCUCAUUAAGUUUUACAAUACUGUGUAUGUCAUGGAAAUGAAGGCUUUUGCUCAAAAAUUCUCAGAUUCUCAGAGUGAUUCUCUACCACUAUCACCUCUUCCUGUGAGCAAGAGUCAGUCCAUUGUUCCAAGACGCAGGCUCACAGACAAAGCGCCUGUUUUCAUCAGCCAACUGAACCCACAGGAUGUCACUGUUUCCCCAUCCAAACUUCUGGAUUACAAAUUCAGUCGUAGUCCAGCAAGAGAUUUGCGUGCCAUCAACAACAUGAUUCAAGUGGAUGGCUCCAGGAAAGUGUGCAAGCGCUUGUUGGCUGAUGACACUUCAGAAGAUGCUCCCACUGCUAAGGUACCUGCUAAUGAUGCAGUAGCUCGGAAACUGCACUCAAUCAUUGGUGAUAGGAUGGGCCAGGCUUAGUGAUUCAAGCUUUUUUAUGGCAACAUCCCAACUGGAAGAAUUCGACCCAUUUGGUCUUUAUUCUCCUGUAAGAUCUCCAUUUUUAAUAACCCUGAUACCCUCUGUAAAGGUGGAAACAGCUUUUAUCCUGGGAUUAGGAAGGAAAAUACUGAGUUUCAGAAUUUUGUUUGUUCUGAUUCUAUAUCUAAUGGACUCAUAUAAAUCAAGGAUUAUGAUUUUAAUAGUUUUAUCAUGAAAUUGUAAGUGAUUGCCUUUAUUCUUUAGGUUAGAAACUAGUCAUUCAAAAAGUUUUACCCCUCUAAAUAUCACACUAUGAGCAAAGUGAAGAGCAAUUGAUCUGACAGUUAACUACAUAUGUUAUAUUAAUUGACUUUGCGCACUUUCUGCUAACCUAAUUAUAACCAAUAUUAUACUUCAAAACACUGGUUGUCACCACUGUUGUAUGAUUCAAAUUUCAAAACUUGUGUAACAUGACAAUGUUAAAUUGUAAUGUUCUUUCAAAUUGGACCAAUACCUAGGUGAAUUUUAUCUUUCACAGUAGGUAUACUCACAAUGUUGUUUAGUUAUACUGAUAACUACAGCUUAUAGUAACCAUAAACUUUUCCAAUCAUGGGCUUAUAAUUUCUCUAAGGAAAUCGCUGUAUUUACUCAAGAUUCACUUUUGUGAGAAACUGUACACACCUAGCACUAGCAAGGAAUAGCUGCAGCUGCUAUAGUGACUGAAUCUUGAAGCUGUAAGGGAUUUUUGUCUUGGAACUAACUGUUUUUGUAUCAUGUUGUGUACUUACUUGGUACUAAAAUCUAGUAGGUAACUGAACUUUUGGGACCUUUCCUUCAUCUAAAGAAAGAAAGGGAACGCCCUCUUCAGAAACCAAUUCUGAUGAAGCUUGAUAAAAUAAAUUUUUAACUGGAUUUAACUUUUUCUAGAGGAAAAUAAUGGUAGAAAGAUGCAGAAAGCCCCAUUUGGUUGUAAAACCAAUUUCUUUAUCCAGUUAAAUAACGAAUAUAAUUUUAUUGUGCACAUGUCCGUCGGUUUACAUUUAACAUUUUACAUCUCUCUAAGACUAUAUUUGUUGAGUGUUUUUAAUUAUAUAUAUAUAUGUUAUUUUAUCACUGCUGUGUAAAUUCUUCUUUCUACAUGUAAUUCAGCAUUAUUACUUUAAUUUUCAUUUUAUGAUGUUCAACACUUUAUGUCUGUCGUAUGAUGUUCAAUAAUUUAUGUCUGUCAUCCAAGUUGGUCUGACCAAUGGUUAAGUAAAAUUUACCUUGGUAUUACAUUUACCUCCUUGGUACUCUCUUUAUUCAUGAAGGCUUUUACUUGGUGUAAAUUAUGGUUAUGUUUGAUGCUCUUCAUGUGUUGUUCAUUGUAUAGUUGAGGUCAACACAAUAAUAACACUUAAUCUCA